GCGAAGAGUACUAGGGCAGUGACUGCUGGGUUUGACCGAUGUCGCCCUUACCUGAUGAGAUACCAAGCGGUAUGUUUCUUCAUUGCCCUUGCCCUGCUGGCGCUCCUGCCACUGCUGCUGCAGCCGUCCGCGACGCCUGCAUUCCGCAGCUCAUCCACGGUCUCUCCAACGUCAAGACGCGUGGAGCUUGCGGUUCCAACGGAAGAGACGUCCCGACCGCGGCCCAGAAGUGUGGGAGAAGGAGAAUCCUGGGUGGUUCUUCUCUCUCUCCAGCGCUCUGGCACCCAUUGGCUCUCACACGAGCUGAACCGCGAUCCAUGCAUCUCAGUACUCCCUGAGAUCUUGUACCACCAGACUGAGAAGUUCACAUGGUGGACUCCUACCAUGAGACGUGUUUCCAUUGAAGGAUUCUUCAAGUGCUCCGUGGACGGUGAAAAGGAGAUUGAUGGAAAGCUUCUGCCAUGGACUCUGGUGGACUAUGUGAAGCAAACAGCACAGGACCUGCAAAACGGGCGCUUGGUGCGUGGCUUCAACUGGAAGGUGAACCAGGCCUUUCCUGAAGAUUGGGCCAACUGGUUCAAGAAGUACUCCAUGCGCCAUAAAGUACGCAUUGUCUUCCUGCAGCGGCGGAACGACCUGCGGCGCAUCUUCAGCGUCGAAGCCAAUCGGCGGAUUCCGGUCUACGCCACGAAGGACGCGAAGGAAGCCACCAAGGUGAGGCAUGAGAAAAUCAACUUGGACAUCAAGAACCUCACCCACGACUUGUUGCGUGAUAAACAAAAGAUCCAACAAGUGCGGCACAUCUUGGCGCAGGCGAAGGAGGUGGGCAUUCCAGUGCUGCACAUCUUCUACGAGGACAUAGCUCAAGACCCCGCCAACCUCGAGAAGUUGCGUGGCUGGUUGCGGCGGAACAGCAGUUGCCCUCCCGUGGAGCUGUCGCAGGCGCCCGGAUGGGUGAAACUUCACAACGGUAGCUUGUCCGAACUCAUUGAGAACUGGGCAGAGGUGAAAGAGGCCCUGCAAGAGAACUCACAGUGGGAGUGGAUGCUGCACGAUUAAAAAAGAACGCCGCUGUUCCUUUUCUCCAACAGGCGGGUCCAGGUCCCUCGAUUGACUCGAGCUUCAAGUGUUCCACCCGUCUGACUGAAGCUCUGGUGCUGGUGGAAUCUAUUUCAUACCAGUCAUUGGCCAGUGGAUAACCAUGUAUACAGUAGCCUUUUUGAUCCUUUUUGGGGAUUGGUUUUACCAUGGCCAUUAGACCAGUGUGUCUAAGGCUAUCCCACAAAACGUGGGAAUGACGGAUGGAACAGGUGGAAAACGGAGG